ACACCAACUCCAUUUUCAUUCAUCGAAAUUCUAAAGAUGAUUCACACUCUUUUUCUUUUCGCUCUUCUCUCAUCAACUUCCCAUGCUUUCGUGAACGAUUUCUGCGUAGCAAACCUAAAGGGUCCCGAUGGCCCUUCAGGCUAUGAGUGCAAGCCACCGAACACAGUGACAGUGGAUGAUUUUGUGUUCUCUGGUUUAGUUGCAGGAAACACCUCAGGAAUUUUCAAUGCUGCAGUAACCCCUGCAUUUGUGACUGAACUCCCCGGUGUGAACGGUCUUGGUUUAUCUGCAGCACGGUUAGACCUAGCCAAGGGUGGAUUGGUUCCGGCGCACUCACACACUGCUUCAAGUGAAAUUCUGAUAAUGGUGAAGGGUGAAAUCACUGCUGGGUUCAUAACACCUGGUGCAGUUUAUCAGAAGACACUGAAACCAGGAGAUGUUAUGGUUUUCCCACAAGGACUCUUGCAUUUCCAAGUAAAUUCUGGUAAGGGAAAAGCCACUGCUUUUCUUGCUUUCAGUAAUCCAAGCCCAGGAGCACAACUACUUGAUCUUCUUCUGUUCGGCAACAACUUGCCUUCGGAGUUCAUUUCACAAAUUACUCUGCUUGAUUAUGCACAAGUGAAGAAGCUUAAGCCUCGUUUUGGUGGCAGAGGAUAGAAACAUUGCUCAUGCAUUCAUCGUUCCUAUGUUUGUUUGUUUCUGAUAAUAAUGUUGUGCAUGUAUUUUCCAUUUUGAAGUUGAAGAUUUCAUAAGCACGUUGGAAAGUGGAGUAAUUAAGAAGAGUAGUGGGUUAAGAUAUGCUUAAACUUGAUUAGUUUACUUAAUUAUUAUAUCUUUCAUUUGAUACUGUUUUACCUGUGUUAUUCAAGAAUGAUGUCGUAGUAUCACUUGUGGUAGGUGAUUUGCAACUAAGCCAAAUAAAAGGAAGAAGUCUAAAUUUAA